GCGUGCUUUCACUCCCGGAAGCACCAGGUUUAUAAACAGAAUCUAAUGUGCGACUGUCACAAGCUGACCCAUAAUGACGUUUUUAAUAAAUACCAGCUUAAAAUUACUUAACUGCGUUAAAAACCUGUUCUUAUUGUGACUUGUCCUUCAGGAAAAUCGUCGUCAGACUAUUCUGAGGCUGCAGUUUCAAGUUCAAGACUGAAGAACCUGAAGAGAAGAUGCCAGCUAGAAACACUUUAAACAGUGAGGUCAGAUACUCCAAACUAGCCAGGGAUGAUGAUGGAUAUAUUGAUCUCCAGUUUAAGAAAAGUCCUCCCAAAGUCCCUUAUAAAGCGAUCGCCCUGGCAACAGUUCUCUUCCUCAUCGGCUCCGUUCUGAUCAUCGUCGGAUCCCUCCUGUUAGCAGGAUACUUUGAAGUUAAUGAUCACCAUGAUCGCAGCAUCCCAGUCCUGAUUAUUGGAAUCCUAGUCUUUCUUCCGGGGUUUUACCACCUGCGCAUCGCCUGUUACGCCUUCAAGGGUUACCGCGGUUAUUCCUAUGAUGACAUCCCUGAUUUUGAUGACUGAGCGGCGGGGAUGGGAUGAUCUGACAGCACUUUGAACCUGGUUUAACAGAAAUGCACCAUCGCUGAUGUCUGCCACGUCAAAAUGACUUGAAAGAAUCAUUUUUUUUUACAUUUUCAUAGGCAAAGAAUUCAAGAUAUUUGAAUUCAUGAACUAGUAUGAUUACUUAGGUUUCAUGUAAGGAAAAUACAUUUAUCAUGAAUUUAAUGCCAUUAUUUGUAAUGCAAACAGAUCUCAGUUCAGUUAUGUUAGUAUGCUGUACUGACUUACAAGGUGUUGCAGCAAGCAAAGCCUGAGGCAAGAAACACUACUCAAAACAUGCCACAUGCUGUUUUUUAUUUUACAGCUCAUUUGAUGGAUUGCACUAGGGUUUAAUUUAAAUCUAUCAUGAAUUAUGUGAUUUCUCUUAUUUUUUUUGUGGAACACAUAAUAUUAGUUUAAAUCCGUUUUUGAAAUUAAAAACCAAAGUGUGUCAUUUUAAACUGAAAUGCAUUUGUGUAUGAUUUGAAUGAAGCACCAUUGCAAAGUUUUGAUCUUUGAUGUCAUGCAACUGAUUAUUUUCAUUGAUGUGAUUUUUUUGCCAUUAGAGAGAAUGCUUUAUAAAUAAAGAACUUGUUUUCAAAAUGAA